AUGUUUUAUAGCUGGAAUGAGACAAGCCUAGUAACAAUUCUAUUGUUAGAGUUUCAAUUUUGCUUCCUUAAAAGAAGCUUUAUUUAUUCUGAUAAGAAUCAUUGCAGUUUUUUAAAAUAUGGAUGACUUAAGUCUUUAUCUCAUUCUAUUGGAGCUGAAGAUCUUAUUAUCAAUUAUUAAUUAUAUAUCGACCUUGUUAUUUUAAAACAAAUUAUAUUAAAAAUAAUGUAAUGCUAAGGGCAAUUAAAAGAUUAUAUAAAAUAAUAUACAAAUUAUUUCUGCUCUAGAGAAAAAGAAAUAUAA